AUGGAAUAUUUACUGGCGCUCGAUAUUCAACGAUCAGUGGCGCUACAAAUGAUACAGAGUAAAGGGAAGGAGGACGAGCUUCCGACGAAGCAGCGUGAUGUUAACGAGCUAAUAAAUGAACCUGUGACGUCCACAGAAUUUGAACUCUACCUCAACCUACUCGCCCGUUUUGUUGUUCAGUACUAUGACGAUCCGACAAUAUACGAUGUCACACCAGAUGUGAAGCAUGGAUUCUUGUAUAAUAAACUGCCGAAGAACUGCCCACAGAACCCGGACGCAUUCAACGCAAUCUUCGACGAUUUCAAAAAUCAAGUAGUGCCUGGGGGAGCGUUUGAAAAAUUCACUUCUCUGCAGUUCACUCACUGGCAACAUCCGUUUUUCUUCGCAUACUAUCCGAUCGGGCGCUGCUAUCCUGAUGUUCUGGCCGAUUUCAUAACAUCAGCAAUUUCUGUGAUUGGAUUUUCGUGGGAUUCCUGUCCUGCACUAAGUGAAGUGGAACACGCAAUCGUCAAUUGGGUUGGAAGGGCUUUCGGGAUUCCAGAGACUUUUCUAUUUCAGGACUGUCCAGAAUCCAGUCAAGGAGGAGGUACAUUGACAGAAUCCGGAUCGGAUGCCAUUUUCUGUGCACUUCUGGCGGCGAGGCAGUGGAAAAUAAACCAAGUGGCUGAGCAGCAACAGCGGACGGGAGUGGAGAAGUAUGCCACGAUCCAUGACAUCGCGAAAAGACUCGUCGUGUACUGCAGCAAGGAUGGACGAAGUGUAGUAGUUAACCGAUGUGAGCGCACGUCGAGCGUUGCGCAGUUUUUCAAGUUUUCCUUCAUGGCGCACUUUUCCACUGAAAAAGGAUGCAAGCUGGCCAUGUUGAGAUGCCGUGCAAUUCAACCACUGGAGGAGAACCAGUGGGGUCUCACCGGCGAGCAGAUUCAAAUGCAAAUCGAAAAAGUCGACAUAGAGAAAGGUCUGAUUCCCUGCUUCAUCAGCUGCACAUUAGGAACCACGGCGACCGCCUCUUGCGAUAAGCUCACUUCUAUCAUUCCAGUAGCUAAGAAAUACGACACCUGGCUUCACGUCGACGCCGACUAUGCUGGCGGGACCUUCGUUGUGCAGAAGAAUCGCGAAGUGGCACUGUCUAUUCUGAUGUCCUCGAAUUUACUGAUGGCUGCGUCAAUGACAGUAACUAUCGUGACGAUUGAUAGAGAACAGAACGAUGAUGAAUUAGUAACGGUUCGCGCUUUCACACAUGAGUUCAGUGUUCGAUUCAUAAAACUGUCCCCUGAAGAUGGGGCUUGUGCAACGUAUGAGGAACUCGCACAACAACAUGCACCCCUUGCUGGGCAAACGAUGAUCAUAAUCCUUCUGGAUCGACUUCAGGAAAAGGAAAAAUCGGGAGUUCCCAUACCAGGAUAUCUUGUAUUGAUAAUCUCUCUGAUAGCCGUCCUUGCUUUGACCCUCAUGAUCAGAGCGUGCUCGACUUACCAUGCGGAAAAACCGACUAAAGGCGUAUUUGAGAAGUCGCCCACCAGUCGAAAGUCAAAACAGAGUGAGCCGACGCGAAGCGAUGGUUCAAAAAGCACAUCAAUUGCUGAAAUAACUUUGGCAAAGAGUUCGGUAAAGGAAGCAGGUCCAAGCGAUAACAAGGAUAAACUACGUCCAGAGCUAUCGAAAGACACCAGCAAUGCCGUAUCGAAGGAGGAAUGGGACGACUUUGCAAUUGUUACUGCAAAUCGACGUGGUUCAGAAGAGGUAAACAUUGCUCAUUACUUUUUACGAUUCAAAUUCAGAAGUUUGCCGAUGAGUAUACGAGCGCUGGUCUGCAUGACGAUCAUGGAGAUGACACACCGGCAACAUCCACGUUUCUAUGGGUACUUUCUCGCUGGCCGCCCUUAUCCGGACAUUUUAGCAGAAGUGAUCACCUCUGCGAUUGCCUUCUACAUUUUCUCCUGGAAAAGCUGUCCAAGUUUGCACGAACUGGAGUACACCGUAGUGAAUUGGGUUGGGAGAGCUUUCGGUUUGCCGGAGGAGUUUUUGUUCCAGGAAGAUCCCCAAAAUAGCGCUGGAGGAGGGAGCAUCUACGGAAGUGCAUCAAAUGCGAUUUUUUGCUCUGUGAUGGUGUCGCGAUACUGGAAGAUUAAACAGGUGAGAGAAAAGGAGAAGGCAGAAAAGACACCAAAAUACGAAACCGUUCACGAUAUCGCAAAGAACUUGGUCGUUUACUGCAGCAAAGACGCGCAUUCCGCAAUCGAAAAAGCAUGCAAGGUAACGAUGGUGCGAUGCCGAUCCAUUGAUCCAUUGCAGGAGAAUAAGUGGGGCAUUACUGGACCUCAGCUUGAAAAGCACAUCGUCAAGGACCUCGAGUCUGGCCUCAUACCGACUCAUUUCCACUGCACUCUCGGUACAGCAGCAACCGCCGCCGACGAUGACCUUGCUUCAAUUUUUCCAGUCGCAGAAAAGUACGGUUUAUGGAUUCAUUGUGAUGCUUCGUACUCAGGCAACGCGUGGAUUGAUGAGAAGUAUAGAGGGAAUGCGUGA